CGGCGAACCAGUAGAACGUUUUUGGAGUGAUAUGAAUUCCGAAAAAUGUGACGCUGAUACUCUCACAAGACAUAUUUUGAGCGCCGUAGAUCCAUUAAUAGGAAAUUUCCCUAUCAAACUGAUUUCACAAAGCUAUGAUGGAGUCGCGGUAAUGAGCGGACAUAAUGCUGGAGUACAGGUAAAAAUUAAACAAAGAUAUCCAUUUACUCACUAUGUACAUUGCUAUGCGCAUCAGUUAAACCUGAUUAUGUCCCAAGUUCGGGUGUUCUUUGGGGAUUUGAAAGAUAUUCCGGGAUUUUCUUAAUAAUUC